AUGCCAGCAAGAUCCACUGCUCAGCUGGCAUGGCUCUGCAUUGUCACUGUGUCUGUGGCAAUCUACCCAGCACUGCUGCAGAAGCCUCCUAAAAGGAGAACAAUCAAUGGGAAUGCACAGUCCAAGAUGACAGGCUGCUGCGAUGACAUUAAGGAGCUCAAGUUGCAAGUAGCCAACCUGAGCAGAAUGCUGCAGGAGCUGAGCAAGAAGCAGGAAGGUGACUGGGUGAACGUGGUCAUGCAGGUGACGGAGCUGGAAGGGAGCACCAAGCAGAUGGAGUCCCGCCUCAUUGAUGCUGAGAGCAAAUACUCCGAAAUGAACAACCAGAUAGAUAUCAUGCAACUCCAGGCAGCUCAGACGGUCACACAAACUUCAGCUGAUGCUGUCUAUGACUGCUCAUCACUUUACCAGAGGAACUACCGAAUCUCUGGUGUUUACAAGCUACCUCCUGAUGAGUUUCUGGGGAGUCCAGAUCUGGAGGUGUUCUGUGACAUGGAGACAGAUGGAGGUGGCUGGACUAUCAUCCAAAGACGUAAAGUUGGUUUGACAUCUUUCAAUAGGGACUGGAAACAAUACAGGGAAGGAUUUGGCAAUAUUCGGGGAGAUUUUUGGCUGGGAAAUGAAAAUAUCUACCGACUUUCAAGACGCCCCACUGUUCUGCGAGUGGAGUUGGAGGACUGGGAAGGUAACAUACGCUACGCACAAUAUAAGCAAUUCACCCUGAGCAACGAAUUAAAUAGCUAUCGUCUUUUUGUGGGGAACUACACUGGCAACACAGGGCGUGACUCCCUAAGGUACCACAACAACACAGCCUUCAGCACAAAGGACAAGGACAAUGACAAGUGUGUGGAUGACUGUGCCCAGUUCCGUAAAGGUGGAUAUUGGUACAACUGCUGCACAGAUUCCAAUCUGAACGGGGUUUACUACCGCAAAGGAGAACACACCAAGAACAUGGACGGCAUCACCUGGUACGGAUGGCACGGAUCAACCUAUUCAUUGAAGAGAGUUGAGAUGAAGAUCCGGCCAGAGGAUUUCAAACCAUAG